GGUCGCUGAGAUCCACUCGUCGGAAAGGUGCCUUGUACACCCAGCGAGAUCUCGGCGUCUCAGGCUGAUAUAGUCUCCAUGCCUAUGGCAUAAACCAUGACGGGCCGCCACGCUCCGGAUCAGAAACCUUGAACAUGCUAUCUGUAAGAACGCCUCGGACGCUCACACGUGUUGGACUUAGUACGCAAUUGCGCCUACAGUAACCAUGACCGGACUACCUCACUGCAAUGAUUAUGGAAAACGUCCCGUGCAUCUAAUCAAUGGCCCUUGUGGCCUCUGAUAACCCCAACAAAGACGAAAAGUGCAUAAUCCAUAUUCACCAACGUCAUGAAGCCUUUUUACCUCCCAGUAUUGUCCAGCCAGUCGCGUCAAUUGCCAACCUAUACGCUUAUCGUAUAGCUGUAUUGGCGAGCGCCGAUUUAUUCCGUUCGAGUGGCUUUGCUUUCCACUACGAACAAGUACAUGCGGGUUUUGAGGAUGUUAUUUUGUCCGCAGCAGACUUGCCCUCCAGUGCCUGGAAAGAAACUGGAGAGGAAUCAAAGACUAGUCUCAGAAAGUCAUGCCACUACAUCAGAGAGAAGGUUCUUCGGGAAAACAACCCAAAGAUCAUGGGUUUUGUCAACACACCGUUCUGGUCUACGAGGGGGAAUGUCUUUGGUAACGGCGACAAGCAUGGCAGUGCGGUAGCUUCAUUUCUAGACUGGGAUCGCCACUUUCCGCAAGAAGAAUGCAGUCGGGUCAAACACAACAGUCUCGGUGGAGGAUUGCAGGCUCAAGUGCGAGAAGCAAUUGUGUGCAUCCAGGACUUGGUGGUGGGACCUCUCGAGAGUGAGCGUCAAGGUUUAGGCCUGUCCAUCAACAUUGUUUGCGAUGUCUCGCAGCUGACCAAACUGCCUUAUUAUUCCUUCCGCGCGAUUCUGUUUGCUGAUUGCGAGACUGCCUUCUUUUUUGUGGAAAUGCGGUCAUGGCUAGAGGAGGGGUCUUGUGGCGUGUGUUGGCGUCGGAUACUACCGUUAACGCUGACAGGGAUGGAUCUACCGUUCACCACUUUUUCACCCUUCCUGUGCCAACUUCGAACACGGAUAGUAUUUCCACUGCAAAUCAAGUUGAGAUACAUACGCUACUGCCUCUGGUUCAUAUGUUUCACUAGGAUGGAAGUCAUAACGAAAAACUUCACCAUUUCUCUCCUUCCAAAGGCCCACGACGAUCUGGACAUUUGGGAUCAGAUAAUAUCUAACCAAAAAGGCCUGCGGCUUCAGUCCCCGCAGAUCUCUCCGGAGUCCUUUUCCUCGAGCUACGAAAAGGAGAGUCAAUUUACUCGGAACGAUUGGGAAGCAAGGCUUCAAACCCCUCUUGCAUCCACCUUUAUCUCAUCCGAGCUAAAACGUGGUUCAACUCUGGAUGAAGUAAACAUCGCAGAUGUAGUUCAACAGCCGUGGUUGGGGUCAGCUGUGCUUGUUGGGCCUAUCUCUUCGUUUGCUGAUUCUUCAAUCUCUGAGUGUCUAACCGAAGAUCCUGAAACCGAAGAAAGGGGGCCAGUCCUCAGGUUCGAGAUAUGUGGGUUAUUUGUUCGUCCAGAUUCAAGACAGCUUGGUUUGGGAAAGGCACUUAUUGAAGCAGCUGUGCUUCACGGUGCAAGCUUGGCACGGGAGGCGGGAGCUUGCAAAGUGUGUGUCAGAGUAUCAACAGCCUUAGGGAAUUCGAACGCAUUGGAAUUGUACAAACGUGUGGGUUUCGCGAUGGUUAAUGAUGCAGGAAAAUCCCCGGCAGCUGGACAGGCUGUCAUCAUGGAGCUAUGGAAUGACAAACGUGGUCGUGAUCUGGAUGUAGAAAUUUUUCGCCCUGGGGUAAAAAAGACACCAGGACAGGGAAAGGCAUUCAAGGCAAUAUCUCGUCGGCACUCCGCCGAUCUCAUCUAUUAUCAUAGCAUCACAUUUGGAACCGCUACAAUUUGCAAACCUUCUUCCGCCGCUAUGGGCGGAGAGAGCAAGCGGAAGGAGAUCUAUAUUGCAUGGCUUCUACUCGCAGACACUGCAGAUGCUCUUCUUGUGUAG